AUUAAGUUAGUCGCGCGCGAAGAUUGUCGUGUUGCGAUCAUGUGCUGGGAUAGAAAACAAGGAAUUUAAUGUCGAUUGAAAGUACCAGGGUAGAUCGUAAAAGGUGGAAAGGAUGCCGAGUUGUGGCGGUCUGUUCAGAAUCAUUAGACGGCGCCUCGUACUUGGGCUGAUCUUCGCUUUAUCGCUUACCUACUGCGCCUUUUCACUCUUUCGAAACGAGAGGAAGACGUUAGCUUUGGAUAAUGAUCUUGACGAUAUGGAUCCUAUGAUGAUUAAUGACAAUAAUGAUGACUUGAUUUCUGAUGAUGAUGCAUUAUCGGAACAAUUAAGAGCAUCUGGUAAACCACCACUGUGGCAGAUGGCAAUUGUUAAUCAAGGAGCAAACGACAAUGCAUUAAACAUGGAAGCAAUGUCAAAUUUAAAUGAUACAGAUACUGCGGGUCAUCCUUGUCGUAAUUCUGUCCAGGGCAAAGUUUUAAUAGUAGAUGAGCGUGGCAUUGUAUGCUCUAGACAAGAUAUUUUGCCAAAUGGCUGUUGCAAUAUGGAAGAAAAAGAUUCCAUAAGAAAUGAAGAUACAGCGACUAUAAUCAAGAGAGAGAGGUAUAGUUGUAAAACAUGUAAUGCCCAAGGGUGCUGUGCUAUCUAUGAAUAUUGUGUUUCCUGCUGUCUAAAUCCUGGCAAGCAAAUAAAGGGAAGAAAGGAUGUGCUGUUAGGUUUGCUUAAAGACAACAACAAAGCACACAAGGACCAAGACGUGGUGAAGAAACGUAUCCGCAAUCUAGACCGCUUUCAAGUUUGCCUGGCUGCGUGUCGUACUUCCAGCGCAAGCGUCCGCCAUGAGAAUACCUACAAAGAUCCACAUUCGAAGCAUUGUUACACACUUCAGCCACCGUAUUCACAUCAAAGACAUCGCCGUGAUGUUGAUUCGUUCAAUAAUAAUGGCGACAACUCUGUUGUCGUUGCAUCUUUUUCUGUCAUGCCGUUACUUACCUCCCUCUCUUCCUUCUGUCUAACAUUACACGCACACAACAAUUCGCUCUCACUAUCAUGCAACUAUCACACACCAGUGUCAUUCGAUUAUUACUCUCACGUACAACCACCUUGAAAUACAAAUAAAUU